AUGUAAACGCAAAAUCAAGAUCACGUGAAAUGCAAGUAUUGCAAAGAAAGAAUACAUGUAAUUUAGAUGUAUGCCCACACUCUAGAAUGCAAUUCAUCAAAUCAUCCCAACUUUAACUCGCAAAUCAAAUCGGUUGUGUUAUCAAAUCAGUCCCAAUUAUAAAAACAGAAGGUUACAAAUUAAGAAAUAAAUGAUCAAUAAAGUUCAUCAAGAUAACCUGAUCAGUUUGUAGAAUCAUUUAUAUAAUCUUCAAUACAACCAAGCAAAAUACAAUAAUAAUAAUCCAUGAAUAAUCGCAGUCACUCUAACUUUCCUUAACAAAAUAACAAAUAAGAAAUACAACAAUCUAAUAAAUAGAGUAGCAAUUUAUAUACGGAAUCAUUGUUGAAAUAAGCUUAAAGGAAAUGCGAAUACUGCGAUGAAGAAUACCCUAUUUAAAUUCUUGAAUAACAUUAUCCUUUAUGCGAAGCUAAAAUACUGAUUGAAUCCUUAACUUUAGCUGAAGACUAGCAUGAGAAUAAUCAUUAUCAAGCUUAAAAUCAACAAGAUUUUUAAGAUGAAUCAGAUAAUUAAGACUCCCAAGAUAAUUAAGACUCCCAAGAUAAUUAAGACUCCCAAGAUAAUUAAGAAUUCUAAGAUAAUUAAGACUCUUAAGAUUCUGAAGUUAAUUAAGAUUAGAAUUAACCACAAUAAUAUGAGGAUAGUAGUGAUUCAUCUGACAAUGAAAACUCUAAUUAUAUUACAUAAAUUCGAGAAGAAAUUCUGCCUGAUGGAUCGAUUUUAAAGUCAAUCACUACUACAAAUUUUGUUACAGGAGAGGUUAGAACUAGAACUGAAACAGUUCAUAUGCCAUAAUAAUUGUAAUAAUAAUAAUAUCCAUAAUAAUUUCCAUAAGUGCCAUUUGGUGGAUCAUUUUAAAGCUAAAAUUAAGGUGGAAAUCUAGUUUCUUUUUUUGAUUAAGUUUUUAAUACAAAUGUCUUUUCUAAUUAACCGAGGUUAAGAAAUAACAUUUUCAUGCCAAUGACGAAUUCUUCAUUCUUACAUCAAGUUCCUUAAGAAUUAACAAAUUUAGCUGUUAUCAAAUAUGUACCAUACGAUGGUCUUGCUCAAGAAUAUAAAUAAUGCACAAUAUGUUUAACUGAUUAUGAAGAUGGAGAAGAAUUAAUUCUACUUCCUUGCAUACAUAGAUUUCAUAAGACAUGCAUUUCAAAAUGGUUUAAACAAAUGACUACAUGCCCUAUUUGCAAAAAUGAUGUCGCUGAACAGGAAAUGGCAUUUGAGGAAGAUGAUUAACUAUGA